CUUACCCAAAAGAAAAAGUGUCAACCUUUCCAAAAGUCCCCGCCAUUUCCGGAACUCUUCCAUAAGAAAGGCAAAGCUCUCUGUCUGUGACCAAGACUUGUGAAGAAGAAGCCUCACACUUGCAGGGUCGAAGCGACGAUCCAGAGUGACCCAAAGAAUGGCGACAGACAAAGUGAGCUUGAAGCUUCUGGUCAACAAGAGCAACCAAACGGUGCUCUUUGCUGAAGCAGGCAAAGAUUUUGUCGACUUCCUCUUCCACAUCCUUGCAUUGCCGGUGGGAACGGUGAUCCAGCUCCUCACGACAACCGGGAUGGUGGGCAGUUUAGGCAAUCUCUACGGCAGCGUCGAGAAGCUGAAUGAUGUGUACAUCAAAUCUUCCAAGAAAGACAUUCUCUUGAAACCCAAAGCACCCUCCUGUGUCUCUGAAAUCCCACUUAUAUUGCCUGAGACUUCUUCAGAUUCAACGCCCAAAACCUACUACAGGUGCACUGGCCGUUCGUAUAGUAACUGUUCAAGCUAUGUGGCGGAGGACCCUUCUGCAAAAUGUCCCCAGUGCAAUAGUUCCAUGAACCAAACAUGCACUCUUGUCAAAUCACUGGCUGAUAACCCGACGGCUGCUGCGGCAUCAGCAGCUGAAUCAAACAGUAAGGGCGGUUUCGUGCAAGGGGUGGUUACGUACAUGGUGAUGGACGAUCUGGAGGUGAAGCCAAUGUCGACUAUUUCGAGCAUUACUUUGCUUAACGAGUUCAACGUGAAGGAGAUUGGGCUACUGGAGGAGAAGGUGGUCAGCUUGGGAAUGGACGAGGGUAUAAAGCUGUUGAGGACUUCAUUUCACUCCAAGAAGGUUCUCACUGAUGUCUUCCUCGGUGAGAAGUGAGAGAGAUCGUGAUCAAGUGGCUAAUAUAUAUAUAUAUAGUGUGUGUGUGUGUGAUAUAUGGAGUGUGGAGAGAUAUGUUUCUGAUUCGUCA